UGGUGGGAAAAUACAUGACGAAGUUCACUAUAUAACCGAGUUCUAGGUUGUAAAACAUACAUUUGAGAAAUCUCGUAUAGAAGUAAAAUUUCGUCAUGACUGGUCGUGGAAAGGGAGGAAAAGGAUUGGGAAAAGGAGGAGCAAAGAGACAUAGAAAAGUACUUCGUGAUAAUAUUCAAGGUAUCACAAAACCUGCCAUUCGACGUUUAGCUAGACGAGGUGGUGUAAAACGAAUUUCUGGUUUGAUUUACGAAGAAACUCGAGGAGUACUUAAAGUAUUUCUUGAAAAUGUUAUCCGUGAUGCUGUUACAUAUACUGAACAUGCAAAAAGAAAAACUGUAACUGCCAUGGAUGUAGUUUAUGCUCUGAAGCGUCAGGGAAGAACACUUUAUGGAUUUGGUGGUUAAAUUCUUCUAAUAAAAUUUCAAACAAAACGGCUCUUUUAAGAGCCACAAAAUAUAAACGAAA